AUACAACAACAUUCUCCUACACAAAAAUUAUCUUCUUUAUUCUUACUAUCCUUAUUUAGCUCAUAUUCUCUAGACUUUUAAGUUUCCUUUUCUAUUUUUUUGCUUUUGAAGUGAAAAAUGAAAUUGAACAAAGCUGCCUUAGCCUUGGCUACUACUCUUCUAGGAUUAUGUUUCUUGAAUACUAACGUCGAUGCCUUUGUGGCUUCUGGAUGGCAAAAGGCUCAUGCCACUUUCUACGGUGGUAGUGAUGCUUCUGGAACUAUGGGGGGAGCUUGUGGAUACGGCAACUUGUACUCUACUGGUUAUGGAACUAGUACUGCGGCUUUAAGUACUGCAUUGUUCAACAAUGGUGCGGCAUGUGGGCAAUGCUACAGAAUCAUGUGUGACUAUAAGACGGAUCCAACAUGGUGUAGGAAGGGAGCUUCGGUAACUAUUACUGCAACUAACUUCUGUCCUCCUAACUACGCAUUGCCAAACAAUGCCGGAGGUUGGUGUAAUCCUCCUCGCCAACACUUUGACAUGGCGCAACCUAUCUGGGAGAAGAUCGGCAUUUACAGAGGUGGAAUCAUUCCUGUCAUCUUCCAAAGGGUUCCUUGCAUAAAGCGAGGGGGAGUGAGAUUUAGCAUCAACGGAAGGGACUACUUUGAGCUUAUAUUGAUAAGCAAUGUAGGUGGAGCAGGAUCCAUCAAAUCUGUUUCGAUCAAAGGGUCGAAAACCAACUGGAUGGCGAUGUCUAGAAAUUGGGGGGCUAACUGGCAAUCAUUGGCUUACCUUAAUGGACAAUCUCUGUCUUUCAGAGUCACUACUACUGAUGGCCAAACCCAAGCUUUUAACAAUGUUGUUCCUGCUAAUUGGAGAUUUGGUCAGACGUUUUCGAGUCGUGUACAAUUCAAGUAAGCUUAUGGAGCGCAGUACAUGAAGUGUGCUAUCAAGAGAGGCAGUGGUGUGCUCAUUCUGUUUUUCACAUUGAAGCAGCCCGCCAAAAGGAUCAGUUUGUAAUAUAUUAAGUGGCUUGAUUAAGAAAGAAACUAUUAAUUAUUAUGUUGCUUUCUUCAUAUACAUAUACAUAUUCAAAGUAUAUCAUUGUAAUUUAAUUUGGUUUGUUUUGUGUUGAUUAGUGACAGUGAAUUCAUUUUCUAUGAAUUCAGGAUCCUGUCCACCUUAAUGCAAUAUGUUUAAUGAAAAUAUACUAUUUGGUCAUUCCUCAUCCUUUGUUUUACCUUU